ACAUGUCAUUGCCCCUUCCUGCUUUUGCUGCAAAACCACUCUCAGAAAUCUCAGUGAAGCAGUUUGAUUUAAAGUUUCAGCAAAGAAGAUCGAUUUUCUAUGGUUUGGUCGGUGCUGGUAUUGGUUUAUCGUUAUUUUGUAAUGAUGUUAGUGCCGCUAAGAGGCAGCCGCCGGCUCCUUUGAUGGAGAAGAAAGACCCGAAUGUGAGUGGCGUGCAGGCUAAGGUUCUUGCUAGCAAGAAGAGGAAGGAGGAAUUUAAGGAGGAAGUUGCAAGGCUAAGAGAGAAGGGGAGAGAAACUAGUAGAUGACCUCUCUUUUUUCUUAUGCUAACUUAAUUAUUUGCUUAUCAUGUAAUUUUUAUA